AUGUCUCUGAGUUCUGAGGAGGAUGAAAUGGAAGAAAUAGAUUGGAAUAAUAGUUCUAUGAAUCUUAAGACUGACGAUUUUGGGCUUGUUAAAUUUUUUACUAAAAAGUCUGUUGUUUAUUAUGUUGGGGGAGUAAUGAAGUGUGAUUCAUUUGAUGAAGUUGAAGUUCAAUUCAUGCAUAAAAAAGGAGGAAUCUGGAAAUUUUAUUAUCUGAAUGUGGUGGACAAUAGCGUUAUUGAGAAACAGGAUAUAUUGUUUAAAUUGCCUGCACCAAUAUCAUCUGGAGGUCAACGGGACAAUAAUACCACAUCGGUUGUAUCACUUUUUGUUAAAAAUGCUUCAGUUAGUAAUCUUUGGGAGCUAGACGUUUUGGGCAUUGGUGAUCCAACUGAAAGGAAGUCAAGUGAAGAAACUGCGCUAGCAGCCAGGAAACUUUUCUUUGAAACAGUGUCAUCGGAUUCUAGUGGACGAUAUGAAGUGAGACUCCCAUGGCUGGAAGGACAUCCGGCAUUGCCGAACAACUACCAAAUUGCAAAAAGGAGACUCGAGAGCACAUUUAAGAAAAUAACGAAAGACGGAUAUCUUGAAGCCUACGACCAAAUAUUUAAGGAUUGGUUGGACGAAGGUAUAAUUGAAGAAAUAUCCGAGGAGCAGCCUAGCCAAGAAUGUCAUUACUUACCCCAUAGACCGAUAAUUAAGCCAAAUAGCUUAUCUACAAAAAUCAGACCGGUCUUUGAUGCUUCGGCCAAAGAAAAACACAGACCUUCUUUAAAUCAGUGUCUUGAAAAGGGGGUUAACCUGAUUGAAUUGAUUCCAGCUAUUUUGUUGAGAUUUAGACAAAAGGAAAUUGGUGUAAUCUCCGAUAUUCGGAAAGCAUUUUUGCAAAUUGGCCUGCAUAAAGCUGACAGGGAUUUUCUUCGCUUUCUAUGGAUAGAUAAAACUGGAAAAGAAAGGAUUUACCGUCACUGUCGAGUUGUAUUUGGAAUAAGUAGUAGUCCAUUUUUAUUGGCAGCUACGCUGGACUAUCAUUUAUCGCAGAUGUUAGAAAAAUGCUCUUCGGCACUGCUUAAUGUUUCAGAAGACACAAUUACAAAUUUAUCCAAUAGUUUUUACGUUGAUAAUUGUGUUACCACCCAGCAAGACACCGCCGCUGAAACCACCCAAGAAUAUUCAGUGGAGACGACAUAUGAAGAAUAUGAAUAUGAAUCCACUUUCUCUCUUUCGGAGUUAUCGAAACUAGAGAAGUUCGUAUUACCUCCUAGAACUACGAUCUUAGCAUUGUCUCAGAGCGGAGGAGACAAGGAAGAAGACAAAAAGUAUGUCGUCACGAAUCACGGAAAAGCUGAUCUUUUUGUUGAGGUAGUGCAUCUCAAUAACCAAGAUGAUGCUCCACAAUGGUGUGUUGUCCAGCCAGACCAAACCACUGAGAUAGCUAUUGAGGACAGUCUUGAACAAAGCGUGUUGAAAGUGAGCAACAACAGUUACGAAGAGGAAGUUUCAUUUUCUGCUGAAGGUGGUCACGUUAUUGACGACUUGGAAAACAACAUUGAAGAACUUCUAGACUCAGAUGAAACAGAAAUUGAAAUAGUCGUUCUAGAAAACUUUUCUUUGAGCCCAAGAACUGCCGUCACUGUUUUGAGUCAAAAUGUAGAAGGAAGCAAUGAACAUCCUGGAAAGUACACUGUAACUAACCUUGGGGUAGCUGCUUUUGAUAUUGAAUUAAAGCGUACAUCACCUGUUCAAACUAUGGAUCUUCAUCGCAAAACCGUUCAGCCUAAUACAUCUGAGUCUUUUGAACUCACCGCUCAAUUCCAAAAUACCGUAUUGGAAGUUAUCAACACAAGCCAGACUGAAGAUGCAGUUUUUAGAGCUGAAGGAGGGGAUGUUAUUGAAGAUCUUGAGGAUUUAGUUAGAAAUAUUGAUGAGAAAGUAAAAACUGUUGUUUCUCAUACUGUAACAACUUUGGAGAGCUUCCAUUUAGUCUCACGUUCAUCUGUCACUGCUUUGAUGUAUGAUCCUGAUGAUGUUACCCUUUCCGAACAUCAUAACUUCACUGUUACCAACAAUGGACAAUCUGAGAUAGAAGUUGAGGUUAUGUACACUGAUAGCGAUGACCGUGAGAAUGAUCAAUAUAGAGUAGUUAAACCAAAUGAAACUGUAGUAAUUGAGCAUAAAAAAGACGCUGGAAUAGCCCUAUUAAAUAUAUUGAACAGAAAUUACACAGAAGUCGCUGUUAUCACAGCCACCGGAGGAAGAGUAGUUCGAGACAUUAUGAGAAAGGUCAAACAACUGGUAUCUGAUGACAAAUCAAUAAUGUUAGUGAAUAAUUUCCAUCUAGCACCUGCAUCUUCCGUAGUUGUCAUGCAUCAAGUUGGUAGAUUUAGACGGAGACCCGUAUACCCAGCUGGACAUCGCAAACCCCAACAUGUUGUUGUUCGUAGACUUCAAUACCAUCCUGGACGUAAACCAGGACGUCUUCCAUGUAAACCAGCAGUACCUCGUCCUUGUAAACCAGCAGGUAGACCAGCAGGUCCAGGACGUCGUCCCUUCCGUCGUCCAGCUUGUAGGCCAGUAAUACGACCAGCCCAGCGUCCAGAUCAAGGUGCUCAACAUCCAGCACAAGGUCGUCCCCAUCCAGCUCAACAAGGACAUCACCCAGCUCAACAACAGCACCGUCCUGCUCAACAACAGCACCACCCAGCUCAACAGCAGCACCGUCCAGGUCAACAACAGCACCAUCCAGCUCUGCAACAACACCAUCCAGGUCAACAACAGCUUCGUCCAGCUCAACAACACAGACCUCAAGUUGGACAAUGUAGACCAGCGCGCAGACCAAGAAUUGUUAUGCGUCCCGCUGUCGUACGUAAAACCAUUGUUCAUGAUAGAUACACCGUUGUUAAUCAUGGAAGAAGAAACCAUGAGGUAGUCCGCACUCAAGUUGUCCAACCCAACGAAACCCAAGUGCUUCUACUUGAAGGCGUACAUGAUUCAUCUUUAAAAAUCGUCAACGAAAGCGAGACUGAUUACGCUAACUUCUCAGCUGAAGGAGGUGAAGUAGUUCAUGGAUUCAGAUAUAUGGUUAGACCACUGCGUCGCCGUCCUGGUGCAAGAAGAUGCUUCUGGGGAUUUUAA